AAAGAAAAAAAAAAGCGAGGAAGACGCCAAUGUGAGUGGAAUUGGCGAAGGUUUACGUUUAGUUUCCAAAUUGUGGCGAAUUCUUAUUGGUUGAAUAUUACGUAAUCUUUUUCAUUGAAACCGGCGAGUAAGGAUGCGCGGGACCUACGCUGAGUUUAUAAACAUUCUGAAAGUCAUUUGGCAAGUUGUUGGUUGACAGAGUAACAUUCGUUUGAAGCUAAAUUAAAGAGUGGAAUUGACGGGUAGGAAUUGUACUCAUGAUGUGACUUAAGUUGAUUUUUUUCUGCAUUAUUUGAUACUUGAAAAUGUUUAAUUUUGGAGUGAAAAUGUUUAAAGCUGGAAGUUUUCUGAAUAUGUGAUUGAGGAAAUAAUGAAAAUAGUAAUUUUGUAUAAUUAAUUAUGGCAAUGAAGGAGGCUUUAGUUUACUUUAGUUGGUAAUUGGUAAUUUAAACAACUAAGAAAAUUUAAACAACUAAGAAAACAAUAGAUGAAAGAAAAAAAUAAUGUAAUUAAAGCACAAUUAAAGUACAGAAAUGGGUAUACUAUAGUUUCGGUUCUGUAAAUGAGAACCUUAGUAUAUAAACAACGAAAUUGAUUACUUAAUGCCUUUAAGCUACCUAUUUGUUACUCUUUUUAAAAUAUUUAUCAUUAUGGUGUAUAGAUAUUGAGGAAGGUACUGGUUUAUAGAGCCGAAACUAGAGCAUAUCCAUUUCUGUACUUAAUUUGUGCUCUAUACUCAUUUUUUGCUUUUGUCUACGUUGCACCAAGUCCCUCUCCUUUCUUUGAACAAUUAUUUAUUUGUCUGGAUUCCCACUCUUUGAUUUAGCUUCAAACGGAUACAUAUUGUAUUAAACAUUCAUCGAAACCGGUAACGAGCUUUCCGGAAAUUCUAUAUCUUGUUUAUUUAUCAUGAAUUGAAAAAAAGAAAGUAUAUCUUGUUUAUUUAUCAUGAAUUGAAAAAAAAGAAAAAAAUGGUUCGAAUAAGGAGAAAAAGUCUGGAUCGUAAAACAGUAAAUUGCCUCAGAAGAUGCUUGGCAAACAGAACAUGCCGACUUGUAAUUAAAUGGAUUGAUCGACAGGAGCAGAUUUUUUCGAUUCUAUUUAAGCAUAAAAAAUCUCCUGAUUGGUCGCGUAACUAUUUAGCCUUGUUUAAGGAGUUGGAUAAAAUAUCAGAAUCAAAAUAUGAAAAGUAUAAGAAUGAAAGUGAUUAUGAUCAAGCAGGCAAAAGAAGAUGUAAAGCUAAUUUACGUAAAUUAUGCCAAGAUGGAAAAUUAGAAAAAAUCAGAAAAAUAGAAAUCGAUAAAUGUACUAAAGAAGUCCACUAUAAAUUUACUGACGAAACCAGUAAUGAGCAGACAAGUAGUAUGGUAAAUGAUUGGAUUAAUGCAGCUUUAAUUUCUAAUGACGAUUUUUGUUUCUCUAAUAACGAAACUGAACAUGAGGGGAAUGUUUGGAUUAAUGCAUCAUUAAAUUCUAAUGACAAUUUUUGUUUCUCUAAUAAAGAAACUGAACAUGAAUCAUAUAGUACUUUUGCUGGAAAUAAAGAGAUUAAAGAUGAUUCUGAGGAACCUCCUAUUAAGAGUUUUAAUGAUAUCGAUAUGAAUAAUGAAGUAUAUUGUACCGAUGAAAAUGGUUAUGUUUAUUUAGUUUCUGCAUCUCCAGAGGAAAAUAUUAAUAUUGAUUAUAGUAACUCCAGCAGUAAUACUGAUUCAUUGCCUCUUAUGAAAGAAAACGAAGAUAUGAAUUUCAUUACUAGUAUGAGUAACUCAAGCAUUAAUAUGGCAGCCAUGCUUUCUAAUGAAGCAAGUCAAGACAUAAGUGAUUUGAUGGAAAUGGUUGAAUUGGAAAAAAAUAAUGCUAUUGCAAGGGAUAAUUUACCACUGUGGAGUGAAGGUUGGACUCCCAACAUUAACAGUGAUUUGAUGGAAAUGGUUGAAUUGGAAAAAAAUGAUGCUAUUGCAAUGGAUAAUUUACCACUGUGGGGUGAAGGUUGUAUUCUCAAUAUUAACAGUGAUUUGAUGGAUGAAUUGGAAAAAAAUGAUGCUAUUGCAAAGGAUAAUUUACCACUGUGGAGUGAAGGUUGUACUCCCAGUAUUAACAGUGGGAUGAAUAUUAAUGACGUUGCUAACGAAUUGUAAAAGAUUCAGAAGAAAAUAUGCAUAUGAGGAUUUUUUGUUGCAAUAUUUCUCGGUGAUUUGUUUGAUUAUCGCUUUGAUUAUUUGCUUUUAUGUAAAAUUUUUCUACUGGUGAUUGAUUUGCUUAUUGUAAAUUUGUGCAUUUAGUCCUGUUGAUUUUUUUUAUAUAGUUUAAUGAUUUAAUGAAGAAUUUUAUUCGAAUAAUUAGUUGUGAGCUUUGUUGCAAUUUAUGCUUUAUAAAAUUAUUGUUUAAUGCAAUCUGAAGUUACUUUUAAAUAUUUCAGAUUUUAAUUGAAUUUGUACUUUUUUUUAAUCCUUUUGGUUAUAAAUAAAAUUUUUAAAAGGUUUUGCACCUAUUGUUUUCUGUUGCAUGUUAUUUGAUUACUAAAAUAUUUAUAUUAUGGUCCACACACAUCAUGCUGAUUGAAAAGUCUGGUGUGAUGUAAUUAUUUUUUCUUUAGAAAAAUUUAUUGAGGGUUAUGUUAUGCCUAGUAUUGAAUUGAAUGUAUAGUUUAAUGGCACAAAACUUGUACUGAAUUCAUGGUCUAUACUUAGAAUAACAAGAAAUGUUGUUAAAAAUCAAUAUUUGGUACGAAAAUAAAUAUUGAAAGGAAAAAGUAGUGACUAUGGUUCAGUGGGGACAUUCUCACUGUUUCAGAAACUUUUAGGAAGGCUAAGUUGUUCUUUUCUUUCAUCAGUUGCUGAUGUGAGACAAGCCAAAGAAGUGAAUGAGAUGUGAAAGCAAUAAAUUUUUAAAAAUCAAUUAAGAUUGAUUGAUUGCAUUGUAAAUUUGUACUUAGAUCAAUUUUUGUAUUAUUUUUCUUAAUAAAAAAAAAUUUACUUUUUGGCAGAAUGGAAAAAAAAAUCGUCUGAAUCGAAUUGACUGUGUAACGAACUAACACAUGCAUUUCCCCAUCUUUGUGCCAAUCAACAAAGCCUUCCUUUGUGUCCUGGGGGAGUGAGAAUCUUUUGGAGUGGGGAGGGGGGGGGGAGAGUAUAUUGAGGCAGUGAUUUCUACAUUUAUUUUUAAAGAUAAAACACUGAAAAAGUUUCUUAAAAAUUAUCCUUGGGGAAAUAAUGAUUUUAAUUAGUUAUCAGUGCUAAUUGUAGCAGCUGACAUAGUAAUAUUCCUCAGGUUUUUAAUAGGUGAAAUAAGUUAAAAAAUAAAAAAAAGUAUGGUUUAAUCACAACUGCCUAUUGUUGAUUUGAAGGGUAGUGGAGGUUAAUGCUGCAAAAUUUUAAGCCAACAUUUCUGCUUGUUCACCUUUAAUUUAAGGUGGGUUUCAAGUCAAUGCCAAGGAUAGACCCUUGGUGCUUUUCAAUAACAGUUUUGUGCCUUAACCUAUAUGGUAUGUUAUUGUUUUUGUGAAGGUUGUGUGAUUAAAUAUUAAUAAAUACUUUUUUUUAUCUGAGGUUUUUAUCAUGUAAAAGAGCAGAUUAAAUAAGGAGAGGUUUGCUCUAAUUUGAAUAUUAGUUUUUUAUUUUUAGUGUAGUCAUAUCUUAGGUUUCUAUUAUUUGUUAGGCUAUUAUUUGCUUAUGGCUUUUAUGUGGAUGGUGAUUUUCCAUAAGUUCUAAUAGAGAGUUGAUAUGCCAAUAUUUUUCUACCUUUCAAGAAAAUUUUUUUUAAAGUUUUAAUCAUGUGAGGCAGUAUAAUACAUUUAAAAAAACUUAAUGUUUGUGAAACAAAAUUUAAAUCUUCAUGACAAAUAAAAGAUUUUUUGUUCUUGUGCAUGUGCUCGUGUACUAUAAGUUUUCUUUUCUUUAUAAAUAUUUCAAACAUUUGAGGUCAUAAAGUAAUUUUUAAAAUUUUUUGUCAGUUUCAAAGUUUUUUAUUUCAUUUUCCUUUGGAUUCUUAGUGUUAAUUCAUGGAGCUGAAAUGUACUAGUUUUGUUUAGAAAAUUCUUUGAUUUUUAUUAUGUGAAACAGUGAGAUAGUUGUUUUUUAUCGUCAUAAGAAUUAUAAUUUUUUUAUUAUUACAGCAUUCACUUAAGUUGAAAUGUGGUAAAUAUUUUUUGUAAAAUUGUAUCUUGAGUUAAGCAAAAUUAUAGUUUUAGUGAUUUUUUUUUCUAUCAGAAAAUUCUAUUCUUAUUUCAAAAAUUAUUACGUUUGCUUUUCUGUAGUCUCUAAUGAAAAUUCAUAACAUUUACUGUUUUUUUUUCUUCCAAUGUUAUAUUUUUCUUAGCGUUGCCGUUUCAAGCAAAUGUUUCUUUAAGUAAUAUAUUAAAUAAGACUGCAUGAUUUAACGUGUAUGGAUUCGUUUAGAACAUAAAGUUUAAUUUGUUUAAAAAAUCAAGCUUAAUUACAAAAUUAGAAGUAAAUGGGUUAUUCAAGUCAUUUCAGUUUUUAUCUUAUAAAUGAAUACUGUUUGUAUGAAAAAUCAAAUGACAUAUGUUAUAAUGUUAAGUAAUCAAAAAUAUGUUGUUGAAUGCAAUAAACAGUUCUCUAUGUAAGCUAAACAGAA